AUGUUGGCGCGAGGCAUGGCCCGGGCCCUCUCAGCAACCUCGGCAGACACAGCCGACGUCGACGCUGGCUUUGAGCAUGCACACGGCCUUGAGGUCGAGUUUGACGACGUGGUCAUGUCGUUCCUCUUCCUGAUUGCCGUGUGGGUGGGGGGCAAGGCGGCGGCGGGUAUGCGGAUGCCGUCGCUGGUGGGCGAGCUUGCCGUGGGCCUUGUGAUGGGGCCGCCACUCCUCGACGUUGUUCCGCUCGCCGAAGCGCUCAUGCUCUACGGAGAAGUCGGACUGCUGCUGUUGGUGCGCCGCUGCCGCCCCUCCGCCGUGCGCCGCUCCCAGUGGACGCCAGGCAUCGGAAUCCAGAAGGCGGCUGCGGCGAGCUCUGAACUCCUGUCCACCCGCAGCGCACAGAGAGCGCUGCGACACAGCCACCGACGGAAUCUCAUGCGUCUGCGCAUGCCGGCGCAGGUGCUCGAGGCGGGCCUCGACGCCGACCUGCCAAUGAUGCGCACCGUCGGCCCGCGCGGUGUCGCAAUCGCCCUGCUCGACCCUCUCGCCAGCCUCGCCGCGGGGUGCACGCUUGCGCCCUCCUCCAUCGGCAUCGCGCUCAACGUGCUCCGCGCCGCGGACGCGCUCAACACGCCGGUUGGCCAGCUGAUCAUCGCCUCCGCCGUGCUGGACGACGUGAUCGCGCUGCUGCUGCUCACUCUGCUGCAGGCGCUCGGCUCGGACGCCUCGCCCGCAUCGAUGGUCGCGCCGGCGGUCGCCUCGGUUGGGCUGAUGGCGGCGGCGGUGGUCAUCGCAAAGCAUGGGACCCCGCGCCUUGUCCGGCUCGCCGAGCGGGUCGCUCCUGCGCAGCUGCGGAGCGGGGGCCGUGCCGCCGAGGAGCGGGCGCUGCUGUUGCUGCUGCUGCUAGUCACGGCUGUCUUUGUGCCUCUGGCGCGCGCCUUUGCUCCGCUGGAGAGCUGGAGAGCCUUCGAGACGUACGCCGCGACGUGCCACGUCAAGCGGCUACAGUCGUGGCUCGUCAAGCUCUUCUUCGCUGCCACGUGCGGAUUCAUCGUCCCGCUCGCGUCGGGCUUGCUGGUGGUACCUGCAUCGCGCGCCAAUGUGUUAACGGUCGGCCUCACCAUGGCCGCGUGGGGUGAGUUCGCUUUCAUCGUCGCGACCGCCUCGCUCAACAGCGGCCUGCUCGACCAGACGACCUUCGCCGCGCUGCUGCUCGCUGUCCUCGCGUCGGUGGUGAUUGCGCCGGUGCUCGCGCGCGCCGCCCUCCGCGGCUCGCAGAGGCGGAAAGAGCGCGCCAUCCUCGACGCCAUCAAGGGGGGGCGACGAGCUGGCGCGCGCGCGGGGCCGGUGGUGGACGUGUCAACAGCGCCCGUCUUCUUUCGGCUGCGCACGUCGGCGCCACCAGCGUGGGGGCUGAGCGUGCGGCUGAUGGAUCUGAUUCGGCAGCACGGCCUCGAGGCGCGCGUCCUCGACUUUCGCUCGCACCAGUACGCUUCGGCUAUCCUCUUUGAGGUCCACCUCAAGGAUGCCGACUUGCGCGCCCCGCCGACGCGUGCUUUGAGCGCCGACGACGAGGCGGUUGUGCGGCGGCGGCAGUCCGACUUGCUCGCUAUCUUUUCGCCCCUUUGCGGCGGAGGAGGCUCGUGCGUGCUCGAGCGGUGGCUCCCGGGAGAAGCGCUCGCCUCGCGGCUGCCGCGCGCAGGGGUAGAGCCGGCGCAGUCGCAUCUCGCGCAGGCGCUCGAGGGAGAGGAGGACACGGACUUCGCAGAGAGCUCGUACAAGUGUGCUGCCCGCUCGGCGUCGCGCGACGCCUUCUCCCUCACGGGUGCCGGGACUAGGCUUGGCGCUUUUUGUGGCGGUGGCGGCGGCAUGGGCCCGCCUUCGCCGCGGAUCGCAGCGCCGGCUUUUGCACGGGGCGGCGGCGGCGAUCGUGGGGUUGACGCGGUGAUGCCUUCGUCUCCGAGGCCGCCAGAGUUACACACGGAGCUGACUGGGGAGCCGCUGGUGCGUCCCUCGCGGCGCGGCGAUUCGCUUCCCUCGCCCGACGAGCGCCAGUUCGUCUGA